GGUUUUGCGCAUAUGUGAUUGUACUCCUCCUCUCGGCAAUGGCGGCAGCAGACGACUGCACCCUCUCGGCGCCCCUUCUCUCCUCCUCCGACCGGCAGGAGCACGUGAUCCUGGCUGUCCGCGACGAACCUGAUCUGCCAGAGUCCACUUGCGAUAAUCAGGAAUCGCUGUUUGAACCUUGCGCUGAUGACCAUCGCAAUCCGUUUGCGUUUCUCGGGGCGUGCGACGGGUUCGAGGUGCCGGAAUCGAGCACAAUCGACCCGUUUCGGAACCACACGCCGGGCGUCGGGGGGCUGUACGAGUGGGUGAAGAUUGUGAUCUGCCUGCCACUUGUGGUGGUUCGUCUUCUGAUGUUCGGACUGUGUCUGUCGGUGGGAUAUGUGGCGACGCGUGUGGCGUUGCAGGGGUGGAAGGAUAAGCAGAACCCUAUGCCUAAGUGGCGCCGCCGCCUCAUGUGGAUUACCCGCUUCUGUGCCCGCGCAAUCCUCUUUUCCUUUGGCUAUCACUGGAUAAACAGAAAAGGGAAACCUGCACCGAGGGAGAUUGCUCCUAUUAUUGUCUCUAAUCAUGUAUCAUACAUCGAUCCUAUCUUCUUCUUCUACGAAUUAUUCCCCACCAUAGUGGCCUCUGAGUCGCAUGAUUCCAUGCCUUUUGUUGGAACCAUCAUCAGAGCAAUGCAGGUCAUUUAUGUUGAUAGAUUUUCAAGGUCAUCCAGGAGGCAUGCUGUAAAUGAAAUAAAGAGGAAAGCUUCUUCGAGUCAGUUUCCUCGAGUGCUUUUAUUUCCUGAGGGAACAACAAGCAAUGGAAGAGUUAUUAUUUCCUUUCAACUUGGUGCAUUUAUCCCUGGUUAUCCUGUUCAGCCAGUUGUUGUCCGUUAUCCUUAUGUACACUUUGAUCAGUCUUGGGGAAAUAUUUCACUCGGAAAGCUAAUGUUCAGGAUGUUCACACAAUUUCAUAAUUUCAUGGAGGUUGAGUAUCUCCCUGUUGUCUUUCCUCAUGAAAAUCGGAAGGAAAAUGCAGUUCAUUUUGCUCAAAGGACUGCCCGCAUCAUUGCAAGUGCUCUCAAUGUGACCCAGUCUUCCCACUCGUACGGAGACUUUAUGCUUCUUUCAAAGGCAGCUGAAUUAAAUCAGGAAAAUCCUUCACUGUAUAUGGUGGAAAUGGGCAGGUUGCAAUCAUUGCUGCACGUCAGAGCUUUAGAAGCUGUGGAGUUCUUGGAAACAUUUCUUUCAAUGAAUCCAGACUCAGGCGGACACGUCGAAUUCCAUGACUUUCUUAGUGCUUUAAGGCUGAAACCUUGUGGCCUGUCUGAAAGGAUGUUUGGCUUUGUUGAUGUUCAAAAAACAGGCAAAAUAACAUUUAAACAGUUCCUGCUCGGCUCAGCCCAUGUCUUGAAGCAGCCACUGUUUCAGCACGCAUGCGAGCUAGCGUUCAGAGGAUGCGACACGAAUGGGAAGAAUUACAUUCUCAAGGAAGAGCUACUGAGUGCCGUAUCACUGUCCAUUCCAAACAUGAAUGGCGACGAGAUGAAUGGACUUUACGGUCUGCUUGAUGUGGACUGCGAUGGGCGAAUCAGCAAGAACGAUUUCUUCUUGAGUCUGAGAAGGUACCCGCUGCUUGUAGCUCUCUUCGCUCCUAAAUUACUGCGGCGGCGCCAGCAGGUGUAAGAAAGAUGUGUUGCAUAUGCAGUUUCUCCAAAAUUAUUGUUUGAUACCGUUACUACGGUGUGGUGUUUGGUGUGUGUCAUGAAACGAUCGUAAAUCGACGCAGGGGCAAUAUAGGCAUUUUACUUGGCCUGAGAAUAUGAGAAAGUGGGUGAAGUUAGAUGAGAUGAAAGCUUUUAAUCUAAAUGGGCUUUAUACUUCA